UGGAGCAGGAACAGUCGUGAGCUGGGCUGCAGCCGGAGGAGGUGGACUUACAAACUAGCCUGCGAGAGGCAGGAGUUCCAGUCGGGUAGGAAAACAGCAAGCCCAGGGAAAAGGUGAAAUGAACCCUUGGAAAUGUCUGUGGCAGAGAAUACAUGAGCAAAGGACCAAAAGAGCUGCAUGAUUGUUGGACACCGGCCCUCUUAAAGUUUAAGAAAUGGGCCAGACCUCAGUCUCCUCUCUGUCUGAGCAAGCCAGCGUUGAUGGAUUAGACAAGGCUUCAAUUGCAAAUUCUGAUGGGCCAACCCCAGGAUCCCAAACGCCUCCUUUCAAGAGAAAAGGCAAACUCUCUACCAUUGGCAAAAUCUUUAAACCUUGGAAAUGGCGGAAGAAGAAGACCAGUGACAAAUUUAAAGAAACAUCAGCAGCGUUGGAAAGGAAGAUUUCGACAAGACAAAGCAGAGAAGAGCUGAUAAGAAAGGGAGUUCUGAAGGAAAUGCCUGAGCAAGCUGGUGAUGUAACAGUAAAUUUUGAAACCUCAAAUGGGCACACCAUAACUAUCAGUGAAGAAACCAUCCAGGAAGAAAAUGUAAUAAAGACCACAGAAGACAAUGGCUCCUUAUCUGCCAAAGCAUCAGCUGUGGAAGGAAAAAAAGAAGAUAAAAAAGAGAGCACUGUUAACUGUCCUGAAAAACCGGCAUCCCAUGCUCCACCGCCGCCUAAGUCUAGGCCUAAACCUAAAAAAGCAUCAAUACCGCCAAAAAAUGUUACUGCUGCUGCCACCGCCACCAGCCAUAAGAGUAAUGAAGCACCUCAUGUUAAAAAAAAAGUCAAGGCUCCUGCUAAGCAGCCCCCUGUCCCACCUCCCAAGCCAACAGGUCACAAUGCAAAUCGAGAAGCUGCUAGCUCCUCUCAUGUAAAAAAAUUACCCGUCUCCAAGUCAUCUUCUUCACAAUCUCUUUCAUCCACAUCAUCUCAUCCAAAAGCCUCUAAGGAGACAGCACCUAGUAAAACGGGCACAUCAGGGACUUCCAGGGGCAAGAAAAAACCCGGGAAGCAGUCAGCCCCACGAACCCGUGCAGAUGGGGACGUUUCUUCCACCUCCAAUGCAGCAGCAAACAGUUUAGAAACAAAGGUGGAAAACUCUCAGCCAGAGCAACCUCCCGUCAUAAUUUCUGAAUCUGAAGAUACAGACCAGCAGAGCAAACUGAUUGUCCCUCCUCCUCCCACUGCUCCUCCUCCUCCUCCACCGCCGCUGUUGCCGCCUUCCUCUCCUUCUUCAGCCAGUCAGUUCACUGACACCUCAGAAACACCAGAUGUACCCAUUAGCACCAAAGCAGGCCUGUCUGUCCCAGGCUCAGAUUCUAAUCCUCUUCUCCAGACUGAACAUGAAACAGACAAUGAAGACCUUAGCAGUAUAGCCCUAGACAAUAGCCUGGAUAGGAGUGAAGAAAACACAACAUGUUCAGUUACCAAAGAAGACCAGGAAGAGGAGACUCCUAACCUAGCAAGUCCUCAACCAACAGAAGAACCUCCUGAGCCUAUGGCCAGUCCGGAAAGUGAGAGCAGCAAAGAGAGCCACACCAGUGACUCCGAUUCAGAUGGGCCAAUACUCUACACUGAUGAUGACGAUGAUGACGACGAUAACACAAGUGCAGAAAGCUCUUUAGCAAGUAAAAUCCGUCGUAGGGAUACUCUUGCUAUCAAACUUGGCAACAGACCAUCUAAAAAAGAAUUGGAAGACAAAAACAUCUUGCAGCGUACCUCUGAGGAGGAGAGGCAGGAAAUCAGACAUCAGAUUGGAACGAAGCUAGUGAGGAGACUUAGCCAGAGGCCCACAACUGAAGAGCUAGAGCAGAGAAAUAUCCUGAAGCAGAAGAAUGAAGAAGAAGAACAGGAAGCCAGGAGGGAAUUAAAACGCAGUCUCAGCAGAAAGCUCAGUCUGAGACCUACAGUGGCUGAACUGCAGGCAAGAAGAAUCCUACGUUUCAAUGAAUAUGUGGAGGUAACAGAUUCCCCGGAUUAUGAUCGCCGAGCAGACAAGCCUUGGGCAAGGUUAACUCCUGCAGACAAGGCAGCAAUACGGAAAGAACUGAAUGAAUUUAAAAGCACAGAAAUGGAAGUACAUGAGGAAAGUCGACAGUUUACAAGGUUUCAUCGUCCAUAAUUGUUUGACAGUAUCCCAUACUUCACACCCCAGUUUCCUGUGGGAAAAUCAUUGCAUCAUGAAUACCUGAGAUUGCACUGGAACUUGAACGAGUGAGAGUGUGUGUUGCAGCUUACCCUGAGGUUAAUGAAGAAUGUGGCCCUCAUCUUUACUAGAGAACAAGAGAUUUGACUGGGACCAGAACCCAGGGAAAGUGGGGGUAGCAUUCCAUAUUAACUAAGCAAUGUCUUGAUGGUAAGAGAGAUUGUGAUUCUGUGGCUAGCUCACACAGAUACAUUGAUAUUUUUUCAUCAAAGCUUGAGCAGACAGGAAGAGCUGAAGACAAUCGUUUGACAACCUGUGGUCACAAACUCAUCAGACUUUACAUCAUGGUGACUGAGGGUAAUUGUGGGUACAGUGGGAACACAGAGAGAGGCGGGCACGGAAAGAGACUUUGCCUGUCAGUUAACAGAAAAAAGUUAGAACAAACUGGUAGUAAAUUCUUUAUGAAACUGGUUUAAUUAUAUAUUUGGAUGGCAGGAGGAAAAGAUUUGUAAAUCUGGGAGUUUGAGCAACUGUGUGUGUGUUUUCUAGAGACCUCAGCCUGUCCUAGCAAGACAGUACGCCACCAAGUCUUCAUUUCAUCAGUACUUUAGUGAAGUACAGUAAUUUUUGUGGUGCCAGUGAACCUACUUGCCAGAAAAUAUUCUUGUUAUAAUUCAGAUGUAUUUUUUAAAAUUCUGAAAAGCAUGCUUAAAGAAAAUACAUUGAGUAUUUGUAUAGCACAGCUAAA